AUCUCGGCGGGUUAAAGGGUCUCUUAUCCCUGGGGUCUCUCCUCUUGUUUUUCCCCCUAGUUGGGGUUUAUUGUCGGGGGAGUGCGUUGGAGAUUAAUUUUUCGCGUGCGGGAAAAAAACGAUCGGAAUUUUUUAAUAUUGACGGUGUGGGUGCACAAGUUCUCACUCUCCGGUCGAAAGAUCAUAGAUCUGAAGAUUACGGUUAUAUUUAGUUAAACCUUGACCAAGUAUACGUAGCAAUCAAUCAUGACACUAUCUGUGAUAUAUCUAAGGAGUAAGCAUGCUUGCAACCUGCACUGACCACUGAUGCUGUCCAAUCUUCUGCUCUGCCAGAAUCAUGAAGAUUUACCGACCCAUGAAUCGAUUUUCUCACAGCAUUAUCUGCCUUUCGUUGGCAUAGAUAAUGAUGUCAAGAUGGGAGUUCUGCCUGUUGAUAACACGAUUGACCAAAGCGAGUUGUACUUUAAAAGACCUUGGAGGCCCGAUUGGACAGUAACACAAUUAACGGCUUUUGUCGGGGUUUCUGUUGGAUUUUUACUCCUGAUUUUAGUUUGGCUGCGAAGGCAAAUGUCAGCGGGGAGUUCACCAGAGAUUGAAGACGAAAAAUUAAAAGAAGAAAACAAACCAUCUCUGCGGGAAGCUAUUGCGGCCCAUGAAGAGCCUGUGAUCGAAGAGAAAAUAUCCCCACUCACCCUGGCGCCUUUAACUACAACACCACCACUCCCCCCUGUAACGACAGGUUUACGCACUAGCAUAAUCCAGAGCAGUCAUCUAAGAUGCGAAACUAUAAAGAAAAAGGAGAUAGUUCUUGUCAAAACAAAAGGGCUAUUGGAAAGGCGCGGAUCCAGCGCCAACUUGACAAUUGGUGUCCUUCAUCCAAGCGAAAAAGUACCUCCUCCUGUCACACCCACCAAAGAGUGCACUGCUGAGGAGUAUUUAAUGUCAGUUGGUAAUGUUCUCAGCCGGUCACAACUUAAAAGUAGUUUAAAUGAUAUUCGAGGUCUUCACAAGGAGUUCUGGGACAUACCCUUGAAUCAUCCCGAAAAGUCCACAGUUGCAGGGUGCGGUGUAAAAAAUAGGUAUCGGACUAUCCUGCCCAAUGAUAAAACGCGAGUUCGUAUCAAUGGGGACGAAACCCUGGAUGGAUACAUCAAUGCAAAUUUCAUCAAAGGAUUUGGGGAUGAAAAAGCAUUUAUCGCCACUCAAGGGCCCCUACCAAACACAGUCAUUGAUUUUUGGUCGAUGGUCUGGUGUGAAAAUGUGCCUGCUAUUGUUAUGAUUACAAGACUGCUGGAAAAAUCAUGUCCUAAGUGCGAGGCGUACUUCCCGACAGGCAAAGACGAGAGCUGUAAAUACGGAGAAAUUUCCGUCACAGUUCAGAGUAUUCAGAUCAAAGGAGGAUAUGUUAUUCGGAAGUUGGAUGUUCAGAAAGACGAUGAGACCCGAUGUGUUCUUCACUUUUGGUAUGAUUCCUGGCCGGACCACAAAGCGCCACCAAACCUGUAUUCUCUCUUGUACCUAAUUAAAGAUGUUGAGCUAUCACGUUUUUGUCUACCUCUCAAGUUCAACUCCCCGGGGCCUGCGCGAAGUCCGCGUGUACGCAAGGCCUCCUCGCUAGAGGAAGACUCCAUUAGCAAAGACUCCUGUCGGUUUGAAUCGGAAAGUCCCGUUUCUUUAAGGGGAUCCACGCCUAUUCUCCCAUGCAGUCAUCUAAGUUUCGAUCAGUACGAAACAGAAACCUACUCCGACAGUCCAUUCUUCACAGAGACCAGGAGCAAGGAAGAAGAGGUCUCAACACUCUCAGAUAAUUACCUAACCGCAUCGGAAAGUCUUUACUCGUGGGACGAUGCUCUGAGCAGUCCCAACGUGAAGGGUAAAAAAAGUAGUCCACUCUCCAAGGACGAUGAGAGGAAAACGGAGGUCAAAUACUCACCCCUAGUUUCUAAGUGGCAGUCUUCGUUAGAAAGCGUUGAUGAAAUAAGCUGUAGCUCUGAAGUCAGUUCUAGUGUGCCGUCAGGCAAGAAAAACUCAUCAGAUGAUAGUGCGUUAGGGCGAUAUUACCCGAGCUCGGCUGGGUAUUGUGAGUCGCCGCGUGGCAAGACCCGUUCUCGACCGUUCUUUUUCAACUUCGAAAACGUUUCGCUGGAGAAAACAAAGUCCCUCGAUAAUUCACAGCUGUCCUGUUCGCUUUCGAAGUUAAGGAAGCCUGAUUCUAGUCCCUCUAAUAGAUCUGAUGUUUUUAGUUUCGAGAACCUAUCCAUCGAGUCAGAGGAGCCGGAGCCUCGCUCGAAGCCCAAGCUCCGGCGAGCGACUGAGAUGUCAACAGACAGUUCGAUCUGGUCACAGCCAAGUCCUGACUACUUGUUCGAAGUGUAUGGAUCGCCCAGUUCGGAAGCCCCUGAAGUGCAAGAGCCGCAAGAGAUGGUGUCUUCGGCGUCAGUGAGUUUCAGCGAACCGACAGUGGGUACGAAAAGACAGGGGCCAGUGGUUGUGCACUGCAGCGCAGGUGUCGGAAGGACAGGCUGUUUCAUUGCCAUUAGUCUUGGAUGUAGCCAACUACGGGAGACGAAUAGUGUGGAUGUCCUCGGUAUUGUUUCAAGGAUGAGAUGUGAUCGUGGUGGAAUGGUUCAGUCCGCAGAGCAGUAUGAAUGCAUUCACAGAGCUCUUGCCCUAUUUGAACAGUGUAUGCCAGAAGAAACAGAAGGUCCAAAGGAACCAGAGAGCAAGUAAAACUCUCCCUAAAAUGGAUGACAAUUUAGACUGAGGUUGCAGCUAUAGCUAUUAGCCAGGAAUGGCUACCAGACCUUCCUCUGAAAACAUUACGUUUUAUUUUUAAUUCGGUUUGGGGGUUGGGGGCAGUUAAUUUAUUUUUAUCAAUUUCUUGUACGAAAAGAAUCUGUAAAAAGGAGAGGUUUUUACCAUCAAUAAUUUAUUGAAUAAUGUUUGCAUUUUGUUUAAUUUUUAUUAGAACUCUGAGAUUUUAUUUAUUUUUAAUGUAUAUUUUCCCCUUUUUUAUGUAGUGACGUACUUCAUCGCAUUAGAUGUUCCAUGUGAUUCACUCGUUAAUUAAGUAUCAGAUUGUUGUGUUUGAUGUUAUAACAACUCUUUAUAACUGUUAAGCUGUUAUAACUCAUGUAAUAACCUUUUGAUUGAUAGGCAGAUCAGCUUUUUGCAUGUCUAAGCAGUAGGCUCUGGAUGUUCUUUGUCUAUUUAAUCUAGACUCUCUCACAAGACAGACAGUCAUAUCACUUGAUACCGUUUUGUUUUGCUCCUCUAUAUAUGAUGGCUCUGGCAUGGUCGUCACUCUGUGAAGCGGCCGUUCUUUUGCUCUUGUUUUACUCUGAUUAUGAUUCACAACUCUCAACAUUGUACCAGUAGAUAGUAGAAAUAUGAACAAGUCCUUUACAUUUGCUUAAACAUUAACAUUUUGCAUGAGAAUAAAAAAAUAAGCAAAUAAAAUUUGAAAAAAUCAUUAAUGAUCACUGAAAUAAGUAAUAAAAAAAAACUUUUAUGGAGCCUGAGUAGUUCUGAACUCUAUUUUCCAUAAAAAAAAUCUAUCCCUCCUAAAAUUUUGUGUUGCCCGAGAAUUUUUGUUAACUCUUAUCAAGAAAGUAUUUAAAUCAUAAAAUCUUUUCACUAUGUCUGCAACGUUGCAAAUGGAGAUACAUGGUAUCGCACUUUGGCCAUGGAUAUGUUGCUUACUUUUUACUUAUGCUAUGUUACAUCUCUCUUAAAAUAAUCAGAGUUAAACUUAAAAAUUACUUUGUUAAGCUGAGCUCAUGACUUAAUUUAGAAAGAAUAACCUGACAACCACAAUAUUCAGAUUUUACUGCCAGUUUUAUUAUGAAAUCUUUUUGCAGUUCUCAUAAAUAGUACCCCUCAAAAAGCCUUUUUUCCGAUGGAUCAACCACAAAAUCCCUAACGGGAGAUGCCACCGAAUACUGCCAGAUUACCAGGUUAUUUUCAAUUUUAAAAUCGGAAGGAGCUAAUUAUUUAAUCCGAUUUUAUUUUGUGUAAGAUAAAUUUUAUGUCACUUUAAGGUUCAAUCCACAAAUUUUUUCAUUGUAUCUUAUUACAGACUGUGGUAUCAUUUGUUUUGGUUGUUAUGUCACCACAAGGUUCAAUCUACACAUUUUUUCAUUGUUUCCCAUUGCAGUCCAUCGUACAAUUUGUUUUGGUCCUUCUAAUUCUUAAGUUUUCAAUGCAGAUUUUACUAUCUUUGUGAGCUGCAUUUUCAUCAGACAGAAAGCCAACCGACCAUUUUCUCUUUUAGAUAUUGAUGAUAAAACUUAGAAAACAUGUAUCAUAACUUCAUGCAGCUCAACAAAAUUUUCACUUGUAUCUGAUUCAUUUAAUGGCAUAAAGUAACUACAUUUCAACACUAAUUAAUGAUAAACUUAAAGAAAAACCCAAAUAGAGAUAAAAUAUCGUGAGCACAGAAAAAGAGGGUAAAACAUUACCUAAAAUACCACGCCGAGAGUAUUAAGAAAUUUGGCACUGGCUAAAUUUCAAGAUUUUUUUGUGAUGCUCCUUUGAUCUCCUGUGUAAGACAAACUUUUGCAAUUGACUUUUCUUCGUGCCAGUCUCUAAAUAAUCAGGUCUGAAUAAUAAUAAUUUUUUGGCAGUUUGACACGCAUAAAAUAAUGGAAGUGAUUGAGAAGUGAGCUCCUGUUUCCUCAUCUUGCUCUGGCUGGGGAGAUAAGGCAGCGUUUGACAGACUCAGUGCAAAACAGAAGGCUCCGUAUCUUUGACUCAGGGACACUGUUACUUUUUUGUAUGACCAUACGAGUGAGUGAAAUUCUCAAAAAAUCCACUUCUCCGACCUGAUUCUCCUAGAUAUUGGCAAAUAAAAAAUUUGAAGUUAAAGCUCUUUUUAUCGGGAUGCAUUUUGGUUGUUUGAUUUUACCUUUGUUUUUCCCCCAAUCACAUUGGUUGUAGAUUUUAGUUGGGGAUAACUAAUUUGAUCAUCAGAUCAUCCUCAGGCCACAUGGUAAACACUAUUAAGUCACAUGGUAGACACUGGUAAACUUAUUAAAAAACAUUCGCAGGUGCACCUGCCGCGAUCGCGUCAUUCGUAUCUGAUGAUCAAAAUAGCUAUCGCCAACUAAAAUCUACAACCAAUGUGAUCGGGGGAAAAACAAAGGUAUAAUGAAAAAACCAAAAAAUUUGAUAUUAAAAGCUCAUUUUACUCAGGAGAUGGUAAGUAUUGUAGAAGAAAAUCUGGAAUUUCAGCUGAGGUUAACUUUAUUAGCAUUCUGUGCGUAGUUCUUUGAAACGGUACUUUGGAAAGUCAUGAAUUAAAUUGAGAAAACUGAAGUUUUUCAAGAGCUUCUGCUCAGUGAUGGACGAGUGUAUCCAAUGAUAUUAUUGUAUUCUCUUUAAUUUUCCUUUUCAAUUUAUUUUGCAAGUUCAAAUUCAACCUACGUUUUACCUUCUGUCUUCUCUGAUUUUGUUUACUAAAGUUUUCAUUGUCUAUCUAUCACAACGAGGUUAGAAAGUUUAAAAGUUUUCGAAGAAAGGACAUCGAUAAGUUUUUUUUAAAUAAUAAAAUUUAAGAGAAACCAUGCUGCAUUACAAAUUAAGAAUUAAGGCAUCUUGAAGCAAAGGGAGCAAAGUCGAUUUUGCUCAUGAGCCUUUCAACUCUACUUUUCCCAUGUAUCCUGGAGCUCAUCAGCAACAUCGACUUUGCUCCCUUUGCUUCAAGAUGCCUCAAUUUCGUUUUCAGAAUAAAGCUGUUGAAUUUCUUGAAAUCCUUACUAUUAGACACACCCUUGGUAAAAUUGGAUAUAUAUCUGCUGAAAGAAACUAUGUGGAAAUGUUUGAAAGCAAAAAGAACUACAUGCAUAGGAUUUUCAUCUAACAUAGUUCCUUUUGAUUAAAUCCAUUUACUCUUAUUUCCUUUUAGCGCAAGUACGUCCAAUCCAAGGAAGAACGUUUUACCACCUGAAAAACAUCUUUGAAAGUUUGUUUCAUGAAAAAAGGUUUUUAAGCGGAAGUGAAUGAUAGAGUUUGAAAGUUUUUCAUCGGAAUAAUUCCUCGAAUGUCAUUAGUAUCAACGACCACCAUGGAUUUUACGCCAACAAACCAUGAACUAAACUACAUUUUGGAAUUAGGAACUACUAUUAUGUUCUCUGUUUAGAAACAACAUGUGUGCCAUUUGUUUUUCUAUGUAAAUAUGGACUUUUAAGGAUGAACCAGAAGUAGUAGUUCCUAAUUGCAAAAUGUAGUCCAAAUGGAAAAUAAUUGUGCAACCACCUAAUUUAGAAACUUUUUUGUUUGUAUUAUUUGAAAAGAGACCACAAGGAACAGUUGAAAUGAUCUUACCUUGUGCAAUAAUUUGUUUUCUCUUUUAAUAAGUUUGUUAUUUGUAUUAAUAUGACGAAAAUUCAACAGGGUUUUUAAAGCUUUGUUCAGGACAAGUGUUCUACCUUCAUCCUAGACUAUCAGGAACCAUCUGGCCAGCAAACCUAAAAAAAUUAGGUUUGCUGGUCAAGGCCGAAAUUUCGUUGGCUAGUUAACGUACGGCAGAAAGUUGUGGUAAUAAUAGCGACUUUGUUUUUCGAUCGCUGAUUAAUGGUCUAUACAAUUGAGGAACUAAGGAACGCUUAAGCCUGCUGCCAAGAAAAGCUUAUUUUGGGCACAGCUUGAGUUUAAAACAUAUCUCCCGACUCCUGUUCGAAUUUAGAAGUUAGUUUUUGCAACUUGCGGUCGACUGCAGCCAACGAAAUUCAGGCCCUAGAAAAGGUGCCGCAUCAACAAUUUUAGGGAUCACAAAGAUGAUCCAGCAAGAAAUUCUAGGCACAAGUUUACAGUAAAAAUCAUCGGCAUGCCAAUUUUUGUACGCAUUUUUACGACCAGCACUCCCUUUUUCACAGGCAUGGCUUAUUAUGUGUCUAAAGUCCAGAGAAGUUAGAACACUGUUUGAAAAGAUUGUUGUCUUUUUGGAAGUUAAACAAUCCAUAUCAUUGUCCUCACAAGUUUGUAAAAUAAUCAAUAUUUACAGUGUAAUUGAUUGUCUAGGUGACUAUAUUUAAGACUAAUGAUGGACUCUAAUUUACAUGCACAUAGGUAUUAACGCCAACACUAGACAAUUCAGUUUAUAUCAAAAGUGAAUCUGUAUGAGUGAAAACAAACCAACACAGAAAAAUGAAAAUAUUUGUAAAAACACGACAAACUGUGCAGUAGGUGAAGACUUUAUUCUAAGGGAAAGUUUUUUGGUGUCAUAGAACCAGUACUUCGGGACACUUUAAAGGCCCAAGUUGAUAUAUGUGCGACAUCUUGAAUGAUUUUUAUGAAAAUUGGGCAGUUUUAAGUUUUGGAGUUGGCGUGUUUCCAUUUUCAUAAUUAAAUGGACCACUGGACAGGUGCAAAAUUAGGCCCAUAAUUGUUGAUAUUUCCUUAUGAUAAUUUUAACUUAAUACAGUGGAUGCAUUAAUACUUUCUAAAUUCAAUUCAUAAGUUGGAAAAUCGUGGUUUUAGUCUACGUUAGGUCACCAUUUCUUCUCUUAGAAAAAUCAGAAUCCACUCAAGUGAAAUUGUGCACUUUGAUGAUUUUGGUAUAUUUUGCGAUGAGAAAAUUUUCCUGUGCAAUAACUUUUUUUUGACAGAAUCAAAGAUACCUUUUAUUAGAGGAGGAAGGACAUGUAUGUGAAACUGAGUUCUAGUUUUCGUCUUACGAAUGGGUUGAUUUCAAUGCCUAACUAAGCUUAAGUUGAUCAUAGUUUUAUGGCAAGCAAGAAGUUUGAAUUUUCUGUUUAUAAUUUAAACUACGAGCAUUUCUUUCUCACCUAUCAAUUAAUUUUGGAAGUUUUUAUAUGUUUACUUUUUGUGGAAGUUUUUAAAAAAAAAUAUGUGCUGUAGUUAAUUUCUUACCCUGUUCAGUGGGCCAUUGAAUCAUUGUUUCCUGAUUUCUGUUCUGGAUAACCCGUGGUAGAUCUAUUUGUAAUUAAGUUAAGUGGAUUCCUCCGUUGAUAUUUUCAUGCCAGGUAUUAUACAAAAUUUGCAAAUGCAAGACAGAGCUUUACUGUAACUAUUUAAGUUAGUUCGCUGAAAUGCACGAAUGCUACAUUGCCUCAAAAUCCUCUGAACAUUAAUAUCUUGGUUGGACUUUAAUUUCAGUAAUUUUUGCUGUGCAGAUUGUGUUCUAGAUGUAAUUUUGAGCAGGAAAAUGUAUCAGAAUGCCGAUUUUCUGUCAUUUACAGCAAGUACAAAGUGAAAAAGAAAACAAUUGAAUGGGGCCUACAUUCGUACAUUGUCUUUUGGUCCAUUUCAAAUUUGGGUUGUUUCUGCAAAUCUAAGGUUAAAGAGUGAAAGGUAAAAAUUAAAGAUGUCCAAGUGUUUAAUUCUUGUGACGUUUCAACUUUACAGUAUUUUACUGUUCUCCAAACAAACUAAUCGUGCCAACUUUUUAAAGAGGAAAGCUAAACAGUUCAUUUAAUUUCACCAUCAAAGUUACCUUAACCUGCCAUUUACACAGCCCAAGUGACUGGAAUUUUUCAUUUUCAAAUGGAUAGAGAAAAGGGAUGUUACAUGAUUUGUGCUGCCAAGUAAAGUCUUUGAUUUUGAAAAAACAAUUCAAAGGCUUGUGUUUUUCCAACCUUUUUUCUAAGCGCUUCAUUUUGUUAAAGGUGCUCGAAUUUUACCCUUUACCCAUUUUUAACAGUAAAAGCUCAAUCUAAAGGGGAAAAAAAGCUUUCAACAAUAAAUAGAUCGUUUGGAAAAGACAUUCGUCUUAUGUACUAAAUCGAGAUCUGUCUUCAAAUGAAUUAGACAUAUUUUACUACAAUUAAAUAAUUAUAGAGAACCGCACAAGGCAACACUAUAAAGUCAGGUAAAUCUAGUAAGGAAUCUUUUGUGUGUAAAUUAUCAAUCUUGCACAAUUGACAAUUUAUGUGCAAAUGAGUAUUUUUUACAUUGUUUACAUGCACAUGGUUUUUGAUUUUUUACCAUACUUAUUUGCUACAUAUUGCUGAACACUGAAAUAGGUACAAGUUGCCAUGUUUGCAGAUGAUAACGAUUUAAAAUAAGCAUAAGGAAAAAAACUGGUAACAUGUUAUUAUUCAUGUGGUAAAAAGUUGAGGGAAGAGCUUGAAACUUCCUCAGGAAGUGCUUGAUUUUCCAUCUUAAGGUUGCGCGAACAAUGUGUUAGGUUGUGAAAUCAAACUUUCUUGUUUUUGAAAAAGCAAAAGUAUUCUUGUAAUUUUCUAGUAUACAUCCUAAUUUCUCAGAUCUGCCAAACCGUUUAAAAUUUUUAUGUCUGUUAUCAUCGUUUAGAACUUUUAAGUUUUUGAUUAUUAAUUAACUUGUGAACGAAGACUACAGCUUUGAAACACACAGAUACUGUGUCAAAAAUAUUUCAUGGAAAAGAACUAAGUUAGUACUUACCUGUCCUAAAAUUGUUGAUUUUAAUAAAAAAAUAAUUCAAAGAACAUCAAA